AAUUUCUUUCUUACAGGUAUUUCACGUGCCUCCUUCGUUUUCGCUCUCAUUUACCGUCUCUCACCUCUCUUUUUGGCUUCCCCUAAAAUCAAUCAACCAGUCCUUUUAUUGAUUAUAAACUUCUAGGGUUUCAAUUCAAUUGCUUCUUUUGAAGCAUUUUAUAGUCUCCCUUCUCAAUCUUUCCUUAUUUUAAAUUUUAUUUCGUCAUGUCUAAGAGGGUACUUUGCAAGUUCUUUGCUCAUGGAGCAUGCCUGAAGGGCGAGCAUUGUGAAUUUUCACAUGACUGGAAGGAUCCUUCGAAUAAUAUUUGCACUUACUACCAGAAAGGGGUGUGCUUGUAUGGUAGUAGAUGCAGGUAUGAACACGUCAAGCCUUCUCGGUCAGAGUCAUCUGCAUCAUCUUCGUCAACAAUUUCUCGUCCUAUAAGAGCUGCUUCCAGUGAGUUAAUUACAGUUCCAGGGGCUAUUUUGGAGCUAUCUGCUUUGAGUAGACCUUAUCGUCCUCCUGAUAAACCAGUAUGGAAUUUGGAUUCUGGGUGUAAUGAUUCUUUAGAUAAUGGUGAUGUGGUUGUGGAGCCAAGGAAUCUCAAACCAGCUGAUCUUUCAAUAUGCUCUUUUGCCGCUGCCGGCAAUUGUCCCCGUGGGGAUAAAUGUCCUCAUGUUCAUGGAGAUAUGUGUCCAACUUGUGGGAAGCAUUGCUUGCAUCCUUUCAGACCUGAAGAAAGAGAAGACCAUUUGAAAACAUGUGAGAAAAAGCAAAAGCACCUUGAGGCUUUAAGACGUAGCCAGGAAAUAGAAUGCAGCGUGUGCCUGGAUCGUGUUUUAUCAAAAUCAACACCAGCUGAACGAAAGUUUGGUUUGCUAUCUGAGUGUGAUCAUCCAUUCUGUAUAUCCUGUAUCAGAAAUUGGCGUAGUAGUUCCCCAACCUCUGGAAUGGAUGUUAAUACUGCAUUGCGGACUUGUCCAAUUUGCCGCAAGCUAUCAUACUUUGUCAUUCCAAGUGUCAUUUGGUAUUACACACCAGAAGAAAAGCAGGAAAUUGUUGAUAGCUACAAGGCAAAACUCAGGUCAAUUGAUUGCAAACACUUCAACUUUGGUAAUGGAAAUUGCCCAUUUGGAACUAGUUGUUUCUACAAGCAUAAAAUCAGGCCAGGCUCAUACAUGUGGAAAUAUCACAGACCACCUCCCCACAGCAUGCUUAUCAAGAUGGUCGUUUGGAGGAAGUUGCUCUCCGUCACCUUGGGGCUGAAGAUGGAAACACAGUGAUAGCAAAAGAUAUCAGAUUUUGGGUUGUUUACAGGCUGUCAGACUUUCUUAGUAAUUUGCAUAUAAGGUGAAAAGCACUGCUAGAGUCUUCCAUUGAUAUCAAAUAUGUCUGUAUACGCUGCAACUUUGAUGUGGAAGUCCUCUUCUAUUGUCAGUGUCGUACUCUAUUUUUUUCUGAGGAUUGCUUGGUGAGGGGACCUUGAAUGAGAGAAGCUGGAGCAUGGUGGGUUGUAUAACAAACUGCAUAAUAUGAGAUCUGAAUUUAAUAAGAUUGAUAUGACAGGAGUGAUGAAUUUGAAAUAAAAAUAUAAUGUCAGUUUCAGAAUAUUUUUUAACCCACUGGGCUUGACAUAUGUCCUCAAAACUGUUUGUAUUUGGGACUGGGUUUUAUUUGGAUGAUUACCAGGGCUUUUUUUCUUAAAAGAAUUGUGAGCCACCCUGGUAUCCUAUUUUUAUCAGCAAAACCAUGUUUAGUAGCGAUAGCUACUAGCUUGUGUACGAACGAUAAUAUUUCAUUAUAUAAUUCAAAAUCAUUCAAUUA